CGAAGCUUUAACAAAGCUGCGUGUCUUGCUUGCAACAACCCAAAUCGCCAACUCGACAUCGGGCCAUUUGCCAACAGAACAUUUCAACUCACUGGAGGCGCAUUAAAACUCAUAGCUGCUGCCGGCACAACUACACGAUGUCAUCAAUCUACAACCUCGAGCCGCAGCCUACCGCAUCCGUCAUUCUGCACACGACUCAAGGCGACCUCUCCGUCGAGCUCUUCGCAAAGCAGACCCCGCUCACAUCACGCAACUUCCUCCAACUAUGUCUCGACGGCUACUAUGAUAACACCAUAUUUCACCGCCUUGUGCCGGGCUUCAUCUUACAAGGCGGAGACCCCACCGGUAGUGGCAAUGGUGGCGAAUGUAUCUACGACGGCGGUGCCCUCAACGGCGACCUCGACCCCUGGCCGGAAGAUCAGCGUCAUGGCAAGAAUGCAGGGCCUACAGGUGUGAACUUCAAAGACGAGUUCCACUCGCGCCUGAAGUUCAACCGCAGGGGCUUGUUGGGCAUGGCCAACGAGGGCAAGCCGGACACGAACGGAAGCCAGUUUUUUUUUACAUUGGACAAGGCAGAGGAGCUAAAUAAUAAGAACACGGUCUUCGGACGAAUAGCGGGCGACACAAUAUAUAACCUGGCACGUAUGGGUGAAGCAGAAGUUGCGGAGGGAACCGACCGGCCAUUGUAUCCUAUCAGGAUUACCACCGUUGAGAUUCUUACCAAUCCUUUCGAGGACAUCACGAAGAGGACACGGGUGGCACCGCAGAGCCAAGCAGUUCCUGUGGUCACGCAAAAGAAGAAGAAGAAGCCAAACUCUGGGAAGAAGCUACUGAGCUUCGGCGACGAUGAAGGAGACGGUGAACCAGCACUUAUUGUGAAGAAAGCCAAAUUUGACACGAGGAUCGUUAUGGAUAUCGACGAGGAAACAAUUGCGGAGACGAACCCACGAAAGAAGCGCCCAAGAGAGGAGAAGGAGUUGAAGAAAUCAAUCCCCGUCAGAGAACAUCCAGUUGAAGAGUCAGAGGAGUCAAAAUCAGCGGCGGCACCUUCACCGCCAGUAGAAAAGGUGUCUGCCGAAGUAGAACAAGAAGAUUAUUCCUCGCCAGAACCAGAAUUUCCAAAGAAGUCAGCUCUGGAAAAGGCAAAUGAUGAGAUAGCAGCCCUGAAAGCAUCAAUGAAGAGGACCGUGGAUUCGGCACCAGUCAGAGAAGUGAGAAAGACAGGUAUAGAGCAAUUUAUCCCCGAGACAUCAACCCGAGGUCGAAAGCGAAGAAAGGCCGGCGAAACUUCAAUGUCAUCAGCCGAGUACACCUCCUUUCAAGCCUUCAAAGCCCGACUACAACAAGCACCCCCGGAACCCGAAAAGGAGAAACCCAGAAUCGAAAUCGGCGAAGACGGCGCAGAAGCCCCCACGACCGAGGCCCAAGACGACGAGACAGAAUUGUGCGACUUGCACUUCAUCGCUAACUGCCAGAGCUGCAAGACGUGGGACAAGGUCGAGGGCGAAGAGGACGACAGUGAUGAUGAUGGCUGGAUGGCGCAUAAACUGAGCUUUGCGGCGGAUAAAUUGGGCAAGGACUUGAGUUACCGUAAGAAGGCUGAGGACGAGCUCAUGGUUAUUGAUCCGAGGGAGAAGGCCAGGACGCUGAAGGAGGAGAAGAAGGCGAAGCAGGAGGCUAGGGCUGGGGGGAGUGGGAGGGAGUGGGAUCAGGCGAGGAAUCAGAAGUUGGCAAAACAGAGUGCGUUGGCGGGACGAGGGGCGAGGUGAGAAUGGGACUCCUGGGCUUGUAAGUUGGCUGCGUUGUAGGACGAAUUGAUACCCUGUGAUGUCUCGCCGGCAUUCGUUAGUUGCGAUAAUCUCUCUUUCAGCUUAGCUCGUUGCAAGGUACUUAGGGUAUUUCCAGCCCCGACAAAGACGGGGCCCACUAGGAACGAAGGGACGAAAAUUAUCCCAAGUACCGCAGACAGUUUAACUAGCAUUGCGUGAGGUAUUCACACGGCUGAAGGGGUCCUCUGCCAGUUCAUACGCUUUUGGCUAGAGGCCUCGUAAAUAUGGUAAAGUCACGAAUGCCAUAUGCCAACUCCUUCACCAUGGGAAAGCCGAUGAAUAAGAGCUUGAGUGAACUUGCGAGAUCGUCCUUCCCUGGCCUGAUCUUUUCGUCUUACAGGGUCCAUGCAUGAGCGUUAUGGGGCCUCGGAG